AUGGGCGUCCCGGGUGUCGGCACAGCCCGGUUCAACCGGGGUGGUGGCGGAAUGGCAGGGAGGGGUGGCAUCAACGCUCCCAAUGCUCAGGUCUUUGGGCGAACCUUUAGAGGAGGGGCCGGCAGCACGGGAGUUCAAGGGGCCUCGGAAAGUGAUUCGUCCGGGGAUGAUGCUCCCGGUUUUGCAGGGGGUGGAGUACGUGCACGGGGCACGCCAGGCACGGGUGCUUUCCAGUUCGGGGGGGCUGGUUUGGGUGUCGGAAGUGGGACAGGUUUCGGGAUGUUUGGGCCAAGUGGCAGCAGAGGCUUUGCAAAUGGCAGGAGGGAAGGGGUAUCAGGGGCUACUGCAACGCGAACACGAUUCGGCAUGGAGAGUGGACAUGGUGUCGGUGGUAGUCGAAGCGCGCAUGGUGGAGGUGUUGAUCGCGCGUCUGCGGGGGGUGGGAUGCCAGAUUCUAGCGGACAGGUCGAUGGGGAGGACGAUCUAGGACGCACCUGGGGUCACGGUUCGGGCACCGGCGGAUUUGGGUUGGGAACGCAGGAGAGUACGGCUGGAGUGGGAGGGGUGGGCGUGGGUGCGGGGACUGCUCAGGGGAUGGGCGGCUUUGGCCUGGGGUUGGGAUCUGGGGCAGGAGUGGGAGGGGUUGGCGUGACUGCAGGGAGUGCGGCCAGGUUUGAUGGUGUUGGCCGAGGGGUGGGAUCUGGAGGAGUGGGAGGGGUGGGCGUGGGUGCGGGGACUGCUCAGGGGAUGGGCAGCUUUGGCCUGGGGUCGGGAUCUGGGGCAGGAGUGGGAGGGGUUGGCGUGACUGCAGGAAGUGCGGCCAGGUUUGCUGGUGUUGGCCGUGGGGUGGGAUCUGGAGGAGUGGGAGGGGUGGGCGUGGGUGCGGGGACUGCUCACGGGAUGGGCGGCUUUGGCCUGGGGUUGGGAUCUGGGGCAGAAGUGGGAGGGGUUGGCGUGACUGCAGGGAGUGCGGCCAGGUUUGCUGGUGUUGGCCGAGGGGUGGGAUCUGGAGGAGGAGUGGGAGGGGUGGGCGUGGGUGCGGGGACUGCUCAGGGGAUGGGCAGCUUUGGCCUGGGGUUGGGAUCUGGGGCAGGAGUGGGAGGGGUGGGCGUGUGUGCGGGGACUGCUCAGCGGAUGGGCGGCUUUGGCCUGGGGUUGGGAUCUGGGGCAGGAGUGGGAGGGGUGGGCGUGGGUGCAGGGAGUGCGGCCAGGUUUGCUGGUGUUGGCCGUGGGGUGGCAUCUGGAGGAGUGGGAGGGGUGGGUGUGGGUGCGGGGACUGCUCACGGGAUGGGCGGCUUUGGCCUGGGGUUGGGAUCUGGGGCAGAAGUGGGAGGGGUUGGCGUGACUGCAGGGAGUGCGGCCAGGUUUGCUGGUGUUGGCCGAGGGGUGGGAUCUGGAGGAGGAGUGGGAGGGGUGGGCGUGGGUGCGGGGACUGCUCAGGGGAUGGGCGGCUUUGGCCUGGGGUUGGGAUCUGGGGCAGGAGUGGGAGGGGUGGGAGUGGGUGCGGGGACUGCUCAGGGGAUGGGCAGCUUUGGCCUGGGGUUGGGAUCUGGGGCAGGAGUGGGAGGGGUGGGCGUGGGUGCAGGGAGUGCGGCCAGGUUUGCUGGUGUUGGCCGUGGGGUGGCAUCUGGAGGAGUGGGAGGGGUGGGUGUGGGUGCGGGGACUGCUCACGGGAUGAGCGGCUUUGGCCUGGGGUUGGGAUCUGGGGCAGGAGUGGGAGGGGUUGGUAUGCGGGUGGGAACUUCAGAAGGCGGCGUGACACGUAUUGGAACGGGACAGGAUGGAGUCGGGAUGGGGCCUGGAGCAGGGUUGGGUGGUGAGUGGUUGGGAGUGGGAACAACAUCAGGGACUGGGCAUGGUGGAACGGGAAUGAGUUCUGGAGCCGGGGUGGGAGGGGUAGGGUUGGGGAUGAGCUCUGGAGCAGGGUUAGGGGGUGUAGGCAUGGGGCCAGGUUUCACCGGUGGCAUAGGGAGUGACUUUCGUUAUGGCAGCGUGGGCAUGGGCCUGGGAAGCGGGCAACGCGAACAUCGCGGGGGUGUCGGAGAAGGUGGUGGUGGUGGAUCACCUAUUGGAGGUGUGCCACUGAAUGGAGGAAUUCCCGUCGCGCCGGGUGCCGCAAGAGGGGGUGGACCGUUCAACUUGGGCGCAAUUUACAGCGAGGCACGAGAGGGUUACAGGGCCGACACUAUCAUUAACGAAAUCCUUGCACUCCCAUGGCCGGAUACGGGGCCGCAUGGCGACGCCCUCCAUGCUGGUGAGGAAGAACCGGGUUACGAGGAUGACGAGGACGUGCCCGGGGAAGGUGCUCCAGGAGCGGGUGACGGGAGGGACGACGAGGAGGGGGGCAUUCAUGUGCAGACCGGGAUCGGGAUAGGAGCAGGGGGUGGUGCUGGGAGAGGUGCUGGGCGUGGUGGAGGGCAAGGAGUUGGAACUGGUGCUGGGCAUGGAGCUGGGAGAUUUGAUGAACCCGGAGCUGAUACAGGUGCCGGGACUACGGAGGGGCUUGGUGAUGGUAGAGGAGCUGGGCGGGGUGCUGGGAGAGGUGGUGGGAGAGGUGGUGGUAGAGGUGGUGGGAGAGGUGGUGGGAGAGGUGGUGGAAGAGGUGGUGGGAGAGGUGGUGGGAGAGGUGGUGGGAGAGGUGGUGGGAGAGGUGGUGGGAGAGGUGGUGGAAGAGGUGGUGGGAGAGGUGGUGGGAGAGGUGGUGGGAGAGGUGGUGGGAGAGGUGCUGCUGGACGGGCUGGGAGUGGUGCUGCUGGGAGUGGACCUGCUGGGAGUGGUGCAGCUGGGAGUGGUGCUGCUGGGAGUGGACCUGCUGGGAGUGGUGCUGCUGGGAGUGGUGCUGCUGGGAGUGGUGCAGCUGGGAGUGGUGCAGGUGGGAUUGGUGCUGCUGCGAGUGCCGCGGGAAUAGUUUAA